AUGAUGGCGACGGUACCUGGUUCCUCGACACUGGGUGUGCCAGAAGCGACGAAGGAGAAGUUUAAUAAAGUCUUGGGUCUGCAACCAGAGCAGCACGAGAAGGAGCUCUACGCCAUCUUCAAGGCGGAUUCUCUGUCGAGGUUCUACGUGCCUGCCGUAAUGAUGGGGCACGACUCACCGCCGCCGCCAUCGUCGAGGAUGGUACAUAUUCUGGGGGCAGAUGAAAAGACAAAAUUCAUAUCGCAUGCGCUACACGGUGUUUACGACUCGGUACAGACGCUCGAUAUACCGAAGGACACACGCUAUGUGAACGUCACUGGUAAUGUGAGCAGAGAUUCUAAAUGGAAGGAAAAAGCACCCUGGAGUGAUCGCAACCAUGCGUUUGCAGAGCGUUCGGAAUCUGUCGAGGACGACGGCCAUAUCAGCAAUCUUAUCGUGGGCGGACGACCUGGCCAGGUACUCGAGGCGCUGGGCAAGGUCCGGCACCGCGUGGACGACCGGACCGCCAUCUGCUACAUGUCAGACGGGCUUGGAGUUGCCGAGGCCGCGAAUAACAAGUAUUUCAAAGAUGAGGAAAAGCGGCCCUCUAUCGUUCUCGGGCACUUCAGCAGCCCAGUCGCAUAUAACAGGAAUUCCAAGUCGGUGCGGGUUAUGCAUCCAGACUACGCCACAUCACUCACGGGGGUGCGACCGCUCGUGGAGGGUAGGGACGAAUACCUCUCGGAAACGGCAUGGCUUAGGACGCAGUCUAUGCUGCAGAAGUUCGCGACGGCGGACUUGCUCAAGGCCCAGGGGAUGCAGCUCGAAAACUGGAUGAAGGUCAAGAUCCCGGCGCUGAUGUUCUCGGCUGUCGCAGAGCCGAUCUGUGUGCUUCUGGAUAGGCCGUACAAGGACCUGACUAGAAACCGCCACGCCAACUUGCUGAUGGACCAGCUUUUGGAAGAGAUCGCGGAUGUGGUGGCGAUUAUGCCGGAGGUAAAGCGGUCGCCGGAGCUGCAAAACAUGCUACGGAGAGGGUACAUGAAGAAGAUGAUCAUGAGCCAACUCUGGGGGAAGAAGGAUGCACCAAGCAGGAUGGCAUUGCAGAUCCGGAGGGGCGCGCUUACGGACAUCGACUAUCUGAAUGGAUUCUUCAUCCAGAGGGGUGAGAUGGCGGGCCUGAAGCUGCCUGCGAACAAAAUGGCCGUCAGUAUGGUCAAGGCGAAGCAUAAGACCGUCUGGAGAAAGACUCAGUCGUAUGUUCAUGUAGAGGAGACUUCAAGGCGGUAG